AUGGCACGAGCAGUUCAACUGAGAAGAGCUGCAACUGAUUUAGUUAGCUGGCAUCAGGAUCAGGCACUCAACACCACAAUAUACAUUCUGAGAGAAUUGGGUCCAGUUGGUUUUCUUCUUAAAGAAGAAGGUAUAUCUAAAUAUUUUAAAGUGAAUAUAGGAAACAUUCACACCUGCAACUGUUCCACGUUUCUCAAAGAGAAGGACCUCUGCAAGCACAUCUGCUGGAUUUUGUUAAAGAAGUUUAAACUACCACGUGGUCAUGAAUAUGCUUUCCAACUUGGCCUUGUGGACCGAGAAAUCGAAAUAUUGUUGAACAGUCUUCAUACAGAACAGGCACCACAGCCACUCCUGAACAAAUAUAAAAAAAAGCAAAAGGAUGAAGAAAUAGUUGGUGCUGUAUGUCAGAAGGAAAUUGAUCCAGAAGAUGUCUGUCCCAUUUGUCAAGAAGAACUAUUGAAAAAGAAAGAACCUGUAACAUAUUGCAGGUAUAGCUGUGGAAACAAUGUCCAUAUCAAAUGCAUGAAAAUUUGGGCAGAACAUCAGGUAAAGACUGAGAGUGAAACCAUUGCCAAAUGUCCUCUCUGCAGAAAUGAGUUUGCACCACUUUCUCUCUUGCAAGAAGAAUUUAGAAACUCCACAAAACUUUUGGCUGCGGAAAGAGAAAGACUUGACAAACACCUUGGUAUUCCAUGCAACAACUGCCAGGUUUGUCCAAUUCAGGGCAAAUGCUAUAGGUGUUUAAGAUGUCCUGAUUUUCACCUUUGUCAGGAGUGUUUUCCAUGCCUGAACCAUCCUAAGCAUGAGUUCACUUAUCGAGAGAAGAGAAAUCAGCGUUGGAAACCAGUACAACAGGUUUCUGGCAUGCCUUUGCCAUUAGCAGUUAUCAAUGAUCUAAUGAACAGAGAAAUAGUUUCCAAUGACUAUGAUCUACUUCUGCAAUUGGACAGAAAUAGAUCCAACACUGUACCAGGCCACAUCGUGCUGACUUUACCCUUAUUAAUAGUGAAAGAGCAAAGCAAACUCCUUGUGCCUGGUCAGCAGUGCCGAGUCUGUCUAAAAGCAUUCCAAUUAAGGCAGCAAGUUCGAUGGCUGCCUUGUCAUCACAAAUUUCACAAAGACUGCAUUGACCAUUGGCUAUUGCAUGAAUCAAAUUCAUGUCCAAUUGAUGGACACGCAGUCUAUAAUCCAUUAACCUGGGAUGAAGGAUCAAGCAGAUGCAAAAAGAGAGAGGCAUUCACCAAUUCUGAGCAUUCCAGCUCUAAUAUUCAACCGGAUAAACCUCAGUUUGCUAUUCCAGUGAUUGGUUACCAUUCAUCACUGAGAAAAAGCAGCAAUCAAACCUAUGGUGAAGAUGUGUAG